AUGCACAUUUUUGGUGGUACAGCAUCGUUGGGGGUAUUGUCAGCUCUUAUUCAAAUUCUGAAAAGCCUGUUUGGUUGGGCAUUGCUGGGAGGAUUAUGCCAUUUGGCAUACUCGGUCGAUCCAAGUACGACACAGACACCGGCAUUUUCCGCGUUUCUUGCUGCUGCUGUCGCAACCUCUUAUUUGCUCAGUCGGUUCUCGUCGAAUCCGCAGCUAUUUUAUCUCCCGAACAAGCACCAAGCGGUACAGGCAGCAGUAGUCGCCUCUGCUGUGCAGCGUCUGGAGAACAAAACGAAGAUGAGAGAAUCAAGGAUUCAGAUGAGCUUGACGUUUCUGACCCGCUGCCAGGGACGUCUUCGUGAAGCUGUUGUCCUGCGAGCGCGCCAUGAUGUCCUAUUCUCAGCAUUUCUGUCCCUUCUUGUGUUUGCCUUACAUUCAACGUCGUUGUUCACUGCUACGCAACCGUAUUUUACGGCAAUCAUUAUCCCUAUCUGCAUAGCCUUCGGUAUUAUGAAUCACUAUCUCUAUGAACAACUUAGAACGCAUACACCGUGGAAACUGUUGUAUCCGCUGGUAGCGAUGGCGGUUUUGACGGAAUGCGGCUGGUUACUACCGAUGGCCACAAUAAUAGGUCCUCUAAUCACUCUACGAUUCUUGCGUGGCGGAUUCUCGCAUCCACAAUUAAUUUAUGUACCAUUGGCUUUGGCCUUCACUGUUACUCGAUUCGAUUGGAAAACAGGGUCACCAUUCGGGCUGCCUGAUCAGAUGUCUCCAGCAACAUUGUUCCCUUUGAUUCUUUAUGUUCUCAUUGUGUUCUACCCGAAGUGGCUUGAGCUGUACCUCAAAAUGAGUUUUGUAAUGGCAUAUGUUGCUCCUUGGCAGAUAAGUUGGGGAUCGGCGUUCCAUGCUUUUGCUCAGCCAUUUUCUAUACCCCACUCCGCGUUAAUAUGGACCCAGACAGUUGUGUCCAGCCUUAUAAGUGCCCCGCUCAAUCCUUUUCUAGGUUCCUCAUUUUUUACAACCUCUUAUGUUCGACCUGUGAAAUUCUGGGAGCGGGAUUAUAAUACAAAGCGAAGCGAUGCGUCGAACACCACUCUCGCUUCGCAAAUUGAUCGCGGGCCAAUGAUGGAUGACAGCAACCUUAACGCUGUCUUCUAUGAACACUUGACGAGGAGCCUACAAAAAAGCUUAGCUGGCGAUCUACAGAUGGGUCGAUGGGCGACAAGUGUCCAGCCGGGUGACUGCUUCAUUCUUGCCAGUUUCUAUUUGAACUGCCUUGUUCACAUCAUCGAAGUGGGGAACGGUUUUGUUACGUUCCAAUUGCGUGGUCUCGAAUUUCGUGGUACAUAUUGCCAUCAAAGAGAGCAAUAUCUGACGACCAGACAAAAGGAACGGGUUGUUGCUGCUGUGCUCCAGGGUAUCUGCCUGGUUUCUUGUCGCCUUAACACUGCGUGGAGUCUGCGCUGGCUAGCCUGGGAGGUUGUUACGGGGAAGUACAUAAUUGAUGGUUAUUCAAUUACUGACAACUCAGCUGUUAAUCUACUGCAAGUUCAUGAAUUGAGACGUCUUCUCGUCACUCUUUAUGUGAAAUGCAUAGUCUACUACGCUCUGACAUCGAACAAGUUGCAGAAUUGGCUGGCCAAUGAGACUGUGCGCAGUACUUUGGAGCCGAUCGUGGCUAAUCCGCGUUAUGCAGAUGUCGAUCACCUGUUUUGCUCAACAAAUGAUGAAGAUUUUGAUAUGAACGAAAUGGGGAUUUCACGGUCCAGUUUCUCAGAAUGGUAUUCUAUGUGGAUCACACAUUGCUUGAACAAGAGAUCAGAACGAAAUGCUGAUGAGGAAUUAAAUGCGGAAUACGUCACUUGUCUCUGCUUUGUUCUGUCACUUCUUGGUCGUCGAGCUCUCGGUGCAGCAUCUUAUAAUCGCCAUUCGAAUGCUGCCGAAUCGAUUACAUGUCAACGCGAUGAAUGGGUAUUUGCUGACAUGGAUUUGCUGAGAUGUGUGAUUUCGCCGGCUGUCAAAAUGGCACUCAAAUUGCAUCAGGAUCAUUUCGCAGCUCCAGACGACUUUGAUGAUCCUGAGUCACUGUAUGACCUUAUCGCUGACCACCAGACUAAGCUAUUCAUAUCCCACGAGCACGAUCCAGCUUGGCGUCGAGCUAUCAUAGCCAAUACGCCUUCUUUAUUGGCCCUUCGCCAUAUGUACGAUGAAGGACAGGACGAUUAUAAGAUCAUCAUGCUCAAUAGAAUGCACCUGAAUAUGAGAGUGAUAAAGCUGAAUCGUGAAUGUGUGAGAGCGUUCUGGGCUGGUCAGCAACAGGAGCUGAUCUUCUUGAGGAAUCGCAAUCCUGAACGUGGAAGUAUCCAGAACGCUAGACAAGUGCUCAGGAAUAUGAUCAACAGCUCAGCGGAUCAACCAGUUGGCUAUCCGAUUUAUGUGUCACCGCUAACGACCUCAUUUGCGGAAACGCAUUCUCAAAUGCCAAGUAUUGUUGGGCCUCCGGUCACUCUGGAGUUCAUUGGUUCUGCGAUCAAAAGAGCAUGGAAUGCAUUACGUGCCCACUUCGGCCCAUCAGGAAGCUCGUCCCUUGGGCUUCAAAGCAGCUGCGGAGCUCCUGUGCCACCGAUAGCCCUGCAACAGCUGUCAGCGAUGCAACCGCCUCAGAAGGCGUCUGCGCCAUCCGAACUGGACGAUCGGACGAGCACGGCCUCAGCCCAUGUGGAAAACUCGAUUGUGCACAUGACCCCUGACGGAAGUGCUCGUGUGACGUUAGCACGGCGAGUUGCUGGAAGUGGCGACACUCCUCCAGGAAUGAGCAAGUACUCAUCGACUGACUCUGUUCCCCAAGGAGUCGCUAAAAGAAUUACUUCGGAUAGGAGAGGAGACGAAAAAGAAAGCGUAGAAGAAGAGGAAGAGUUGGAAGAGGCGAAGGAUGUUGGCCUGUGGGUGCGUAUAGACGAUCCUGAACAGGUGUUCCGUUAUUUGAACGAACCCUUGAAGUCCACCGGAGAGCCGCUAGUGGUGUGGCCGAGCGAGGAGAUUCGACAGGAUGUUUCUUAUGAGGAAGAUGAAGAAAAAAUGGAAGGCCUGGAGGAGGAUCGAAUAAGUCCC